AUGACUACCAAUUUGUCGGAGUUUGUUAAUUCCAUGUUCAAAAACACAAGACAUUUGUCGGUGUCAUCGUUGGUUGAGGAGACGUAUUUCAAGACCACACAACUUUUUGCUAAUAGAAGUCGACAAACUCAAGCAAUGAUCAACUCUGGCUCACAGUAUUCUGAAGUCGUCUUCGAUGCAAUGAAUAGCAGUCAACAACAAUCUAAUACACACAUUGUAAAUGAAUUCGACAGACACAAUCACACUUUUAUUAUAACAAAGACUCAAUCCCCACUUGAAACACCCAGACCACCCGGAAGGUUUAGAGUAAUGUUACAAUCCCAAAAGUGUGAUUGUGGUGAAUAUCAGGCUAAACACUUACUGUGUUCUCACGUCAUGGCUGCUUACAAAUCUGUCAAUGUUGAUCCCAUGACCCAUGUGCCGAUGUUAUUCACCUUACAACACAUUUUGCAUAUUUACGACAACUCCUUUGGUUUAUUGCCACACGAAUCAAUGUGGCAAGAAUAUGAAGGAGAUCAAUGGGGUCUUGAUCCAAAGAGAAAGAGAACUGCAAAGGGUCGUCCCGUUUCAACUCGCAUUCUUACUAAGAUGGACGAAGACGAAAAUGAACGACCACGUAGAAAAAAAUGUGGACUUUGCCGGUGA